AUGGAUUGUGGACCUUCCCAACCGGGAUCAACAAGUCCGUGUUGCUGUCGGAUCUCCUGUUCGCACACCUCCGCCGCCGCCUGGCACUCGGACGCGCUCCCGGUGAGUGAGGGCCUCGUGACAUUACUUUGGAUGUAAAACAGAUGUAAUUGUAAACAUGUUUUUUCGGUGGGGUGCUAAAUUUAGGCCCUCUACAAUCUUUGUUGUAGGAUAUAAAUGGGGCUUGUUGCAGGAAGACGGGAGAGAUUUCGGUUUUGGAGGGAAUGAGUGUUUGGAAAUGAUGUCAUUGCUGAUAAGACAGGGGAAUAAGGGGGUGGUUUGGGUGUUGCAAAAUGAUUGCCGGAGGGGAAAUGGAAGGGAAUUAGUAGUUUCCGGGCUCUUUAUUAGCUUUAUUUUGAUUUACAGGUUUUUGAGGAGAGGGGACAUUUUAUACGAAAAUUCUAGAAAAUUCGUCAUCGUGAUGCAAAUUUAGGCCAGGCUGUGCACUUAUGAUGUCAAAAUUUUUUCAGUAGAUAGAGCAUAGCGCAAAACCAUUUUAUUUUGCAAUAAAACAGGAAAUUUUGCACAAUAAAACAAGUCAUGAUGACGGAUUUUAAAGAAUUUCAAAUUUUCCGGCCUUUUGGCGGUCUAAAAUAAUAUUUUCCCUAAUCGUAAGAUCAUUCUUCAAUAUUCAAACUAUAACAGACAUUGUCCGCCAUCUUUUUCCAUCUUCCUCCCACCUUGAUGUCUCUAUAACUCUAUAACAAUAUAAAAAUUUAUUUUUCCCCUACAUUUCGCAUUCUUUGAUCUUCAAUCUCGCAAAGACUCCAAAUUGGUCCAAAAUUAACUCCGGCCCACCGAAAAGUGUGGUCUUUCGAGUAGCGAGGGACACGUGACCCACUUGAGUCAAGUGUUUUCCUCAUGCAAUUUCUAGCCCCUUGAUGAUGCAAAUGGCACAAAAGUCGUAAUGCUGCACUUUUUCAGCGCUGUAAAGGUCCGCCGUGUCAUUUCGUGAUAUUAUUCUGGUCAUAAGAUUGAGAAAUCGACUAAAAACUGAAAAUUUUGCAACUUUUUGCCGCUCUUUGGCCGUAUUUUUCCGCCGCCGGCAGAAUGUUGACAAAAAAUGUCGUUGGCCGCAUUUCCGGUGAAUUAGCGACCUCUGCUCUCCACUAAUUACCUCCCACUGACACUGUUUUCACUCUAUAAUUAUCCGAAAUUGCUUGUAAAAAAUUCUCAAAAUAUUCUUUUUUCGUAACAUAAUUUGCCUCCCAUUCUAUACUGUAGCCGAGGAAUUUUGCUCCAACGGAUUAGGGGUAAUACUUAAAUUAUUCAUGGCCCAUUUUCAAGGAGUAUUAGUGACUUUUUGCAGAUGGGGAUUUGAAAGCAACGUUGGUUCUUUGUCCUAAAAAAACUUUCUCCGUAUGACCUACAAUAAAUUAAUAGGAUUUUUUGAGGUUUUGAGGUCAGUUUUAGACCGCGUUAUAUAGAAAUACUUGAAAAAACCACCAAAAAAUGUAAAAAAAUGAUUACAAAGAUCUCGCCUAAUCUUUUUGCAAAAUUUCAAACCGCGUUAUGCAGAAAAUACAGAAAUAUAAUCUUUGUGAAAUCAAAAAAUCUCGCUUUUGCUCGGGCCUUCCUCAACGAGUUAAUAUUCCAUUUUUAGUCACCAAAACGCUACUAACAUGCAUUUUGUCAACAAAUUACACAAUUUCUUGGCUUAUUGCGGGUUUCCGUUUUGUGUUUUUUAGAUAAUCGCUGUACUUUACUCGUGUUACAGCAGUAAUUUGCACUUUUCUGCUACCAAAUCUCACGUACGCUCAAUUUAUUUUUGAUUGUGCCACUAAUUAGUUGUAAUCAAUUUAUUGAUUACUUAAACUGUUUUUAUUACCAUAACAUUAUUUUGAUUGUUUUGUUUGAAUAUUUAACUGUUUUGCCACGUGCCAAAAAAACAAACACUUUCAAAAUGUCCGCUUGUCCUUAUUCGUAAAUUCUGAGCUCUAUUAUUCGACCUUUCCCCGCCGAAAAAAUCAAAGGCAUGCCCUUGGCACUUUACUUACAAAAUACAAGUUUUUGGCCUCCGCCGAAGUCGAUGGGCAUCGCCGGAAGCCAAGGUCCAAUUGGGUCGACUCCUGUCGACUCGUUAAGGGUGUUAGGAGUACUCCUCGGAGCCGGGAUUAGAUAUUGUAAUCUGUUUUUUUUUCUGCACCUUCUUUCAAAGAAUCUUUUGCGGUGAGAGCCAUCGGAUUACGGUAGCGACGCAUGAAUUUUUCGGACGUCAAUCAGCGAAAACAUUGUUUUAGCGAAAGCUAAAGUUAGGAUAGUGCCCGGAGGAAGAGGUAGUUCGUUUCCAAAAGGUAUUAAAAAGAUAUUUUUGGGGAUUUGAAUUAAUUGUUGGAUAUCGCAAAGCAUCAAAAAUAAAAAAAAAUUUAGUCAUCAAAAAAAUUUUUUUUUUGAAAAAAGCACCUUUAAAUUUCGAUUGUUUCUGCAUAAUGCGAUCUUAAAAUUUCCUGAAUUCUUCAAGAAAUAAAACUUAUAAAUCUCACCAAAUUUGGGCAAAGUCCGAUACAAUUUCUUUUUCGCCUAAGAUACUGUACUUUAGUAACUAAAAUUAGCAAUUCAAAUCCCAUGUUUGUUGCGAAAUGCGUCUUAUUUUUUCACUGCAUAGCUUCUAAUCGUCUUUCGGCAAUUUUCUAAUCUUGUUUCAUCUUCUAGUUGAACUUCUCGACAGGGUUCAUUUUUUUUGCUUUGAGCCAUUCCCUCAAAUGUUAAUCCAGAAAUUUUUAUGAAAACUUUUUAUCCCUAAAUGGCCUCUUUUUCGCCAUCUCCAGCUCAAUCCGCUAGUUGUCUUCUAAAAAUGUUACUUUAGCCAAAAAAAAUUUUUACAUUACACUAGGUACAAUUAAAAAUUAUUAAUCUAAUCAUAUCUUCACACGUGCCCAAAUCAGCUUCUGCUGCUUCUCCAACUCUAUCUAAUUGAUAUUCGAUUAAUUGCGGGGAUAAUAGGGGAUGUUUUAAAAUUAUUUUGGUCAUGCGGGUUUCUGUGGGCGGGGCUUAUUUUUGGAAUAUUAAUUUAUUGCUCUAAUCUUUAAGAAAAUGGCUUAGCUUUGGAAUUCUGCAAUGGUAUGAUUAAUUGUUAAGCGAUAACUUUUAAAAUUUUCAGCUUUUUUGAAGUUAAAAGUCUCAGAUCUCGGUAAUUUCUGCAUAACGCGGUCUGAAAAUUUCAUCAACCCCUUCGGACAUACUGAGUUCCCCAAUUUUUGCCAAAUUUCAUAAAAAGGCUCUACUUUUUAAGACCAAAGAUAGCAAUAAAAGUUCGCAAGAUACAUUUUUCCUCGAAAAACACUUCAACUCCCAGAUUUGAGCUUUUCACUUACUACUAUUACAACUUUUUUAAAACAAGUUCAAAUUUGCACCGUAUUUUUCCAAUUGUAUUCCUUGUAAAGCAAAACUGUUUUCCUGUUUCUCUCCCAAACUAAAGAUCGCCUGCGGGCUUUCCCAUUGCUCCGUAACCCCGAUUGUUCGUGGAUUGACGCGUUCGUGGGCCAAAUGUCAUCCACUUGGCGUCACUAAUCCGCGAGGUUCAACGGAAUUACUGUUUUCGGGGAUUAACAAUCCCAUGAUCUGCUUUUAUUGGGGAGGGACCUUCUUCUGCACACACCCACAUCGGGAGCGCUGGUAGAUGGUCGAUUAAGGGUGGAGAUUAAUUCUGCUUUCGAUAAAUGGCCUAAUUACCGAUUCAGUAUGAGUCAAGGAGCGGGGAGGGAAACAUGGGCAAGAAAGAUGGGAUAAUAAGGAUCUCCGUGAAUUGCGGUGUAUUUGUUUUUGGACGCGGUUUCGGUAUGGGUUCGUUUAGAGGGGAAGAAUUGACACACUGGAGUCAACUCUUUCUUUUUGUGAGAUUUUGGAGGUUCCGGUUAGUUGGUUCUGUUUAAAGCGUAUUUUCAAUCACAUAUGAUUAUUUUGCGAGAGAAACACUUGUCCCAUUGGGUCAAGCUGAUCCCCAGGCAAAAUUUUUCACAUUUUAAUGCGAAUUUCAAAAAAUUUUUUUGACAAUAAAUACUUUCAGACGGUACCUCAAGUCAUGCCGCAGCGCAAGCGGCGAAAACGCGACCGCAACAGGCGCACCACACCCCUCUACCAUAGCCUCAAAUCCUAUCUGUACAUAUUGUUGAUGUUAUUCCUCCUCUUCGCACCCACCUCCACAGCACAACAAAGUCGACCUGGCGUCGACACAAACGGCCACACACGCUCGUUGGAAGCCCUGAGGGCACGACGCGCCGUCCAACAGAUCGGGCAUUUGGAUGCAAACGGAAGGAUUGUCGUCGACUCGAAAGUGGAUACCUCCAAACUCUUCAAAUCGGACAAAGACGUGCUCGACCUGGCCAAGGGUGGUCCGAUUCGGCUGGACUCGGCGGCAGCUGCCGCCUUGCUCAGCGACAACCCCGAGGCACUGAAGAAACUGGCCAAAAUUUCGGGGAAAAAGGUGGAAGAUGUGGCUCCGACCGUCGAAGCGGUAAAAUUACCAACUUCGGAAGAGAAGGACGCCAAGGAAGAGAAGGCGAGGAACUUGGAAGUGAUGGAUUUGGCUAAGGUUCGGCCCAAUUAUUCGAUUUAUUUUAAUCGGACAAUCAGAAUUGAUGACAAAGUUAUUGUGGAUGUCAUCAAUGAGGGACGAGGUGAGUAGCCCGGAAAAAAUCUUUCGUAAAGAGAAAUCUUUUGAACAUGAAUUUACCCCCUGGAUACUGUGAUGUAUAAUUACCAUUCUUUUCAGACGAAACCUUCAAACUGAACCACACUAUCCGCCAAGUCGUCCUCGACUGCACACUCACACUGAAAGACCUCCAACUCCAAAACAGUUCCUCUCCGAUUAUCCAUUGGGCCGAUUUCCAUACUUCAAGUGCCCUCUCCAACUCAUCCCGUCUAAUCCUGCGUGGAAAACAGCUCGCUGAUGUGAUUUAUAACGUGAGUUUUACAAAAAUUUUUUUACUCUAAAUCCAAUAUACCGAAACCGUUCUACGACAACUUUUUCAGGGGCUGUACCCAACAUGCACGGCUCAGAUCGCCGUUGCGGAUGUCUCGGAGCCGAUUACGGUGUUCUCUCGGACCUUGAACUUCCCGGCUUUGAGAAAGUCGGAUCUGAAGAUCUGGCCGAGAAAAGUGGCCGUUCCUUUCGGGAAGAUGGUCCGAUUGGAAUGUGUCCACAACUACACCGAGGUGAAGGAGAUGCUGUGGUGGCAUAACGAGAAAUUGAUCGAGGAGAGCGAUCGGAAAUUUGAAGUGUAAGAUUUUUUCCUUUUCUUGAAAAAGCAUCGCACAUACUUCAUUUCUCAAAACAAAGACUUCCUAUCAAUUCUUGCCUAACGACCCCUUCAAUUUCAGCUACAGUAACCCGCACCGGCUCAGUGUCCUUUACAUCCCGGAAAUCGAGCGCCAACACAUUGGGCUCUACGAAUGUGGGAUUAGACUCCGCUCCAAUGUGACCAUAAAGUCCAGAGAUAUGGCCGAAGUCACAGCUCACCAAACUGCGGACGACACUGUCCUUGCGCAAGAAGCCGAACUCCCUGCGGAAGCUGUGGAGGCCCGAGAAUACGAGCCUUUGAUGGUGGAAUGUUGGGACGAAGAUUUUGAGUCCCAAUGGUAUAAGGUUACCGAGGAAGGAAGAGGUGAGUAAAACCGUUACUUAACCGUCAAAAAAAGUCUAUAGGUAAGGAUUAAUCCUCCAUUUUUCAGAUCUCAUUGCAAACUCGACGGUUCUUUACUUCAAUUCCGUCGAAAAAAGCGAUAAAGCCGUAUACGAGUGCUUUCAAACUGAUGGCAACGAGACAAUUCGCGUGUUCAAGACUAAACUCGAAGUCAAACGUAAGUUUUUUACCGCUAACGCACGGAAACUCCCCAAAGUCAUAACUUCUCAUCCUAAUCUCAACCUUAUUUUAGCUCAAGCCGUGGAUUUUGAGACCGAAGAAUUCACCACGAUCUAUAAGAACCAAGGAACGCCUGUCAAGAUCAUGUGUGAGACCCACCCUUCGUUGGAUGAGACACCAGAAAUGGCCACUUGGUUCAAGGAUGGGGUUGAAAUUCGAGCAAACGAACGGGUCUACAGAAGAGUGGAGAACAUCGGCGAAGGAGCUGUGGUUGGGAAAGCGCUGUUUAUAUCGCUUGCCCAGAAGACUGAUGAGGUAAGGAGGGAAUCUCAGAUGGUAAAAUACGCAAUCAUUUCUUGGAAACAGUCUAAAACAAGGUUUUUGCAAAUUUCUUUCAAAAAAAUUCAAAAAUUUCCUUAUAAUUUGUCGAAAAUCUAAUCACAACUAUUUCCAGGGGAUGUACGAAUGUGUUGUCCGCAAAGGCCACGCGCAGCGACUCCAACACAACCUUCUGAAAGUGAAGAAAUCGACAGAGCUUGUCUUGAAGAACCUCGAGAUGAAGGUCGACCAUGUCAAAGCCAGUUUCACUGCUCAUUUCGAUCUUCCAGAUGCUCUACAAUACUGGGAAGGGAUGAUUUCGACUUAUUUCCUAGUCUACCACACCGCUGACCGUCUUAAAGCGUUGAAUAUAAUGCCGGGGAAUGGCGCACGGUGCACGGAGAACAAUCAUUGUGUAAUGGAUGUUCACCCACCCUAUCCGUUGGGAGUGGCAACUGCUUAUACGUUCAGAAUCAGCAUGGUUGUGGAUGAAAAGGCCUCGGUGAUCACUCCGCUCUCAGCCGAAGUGAAUGCGACGAGCUGGGACGGGACGGCCAGGAGUUCGCUGGAAUUGGAUUGGGCCUUCAAAGACGAACAUCUGGAGAUCCAUUGGAAAAGGCCGGAAGUCCCCGGAGAACUCAAGGACUACCAGAUCGACUUGUUCAACCUGAGUUCGGCCAUCACUUUGCCCGAAGGCGGAGAGAAACCACACACUCAACGGUUCAGAAUUUUUGUAGCUGCAAAUCAGACCAGCUAUCAACUCGACAUCCCAUCGCCAUUCGCAUUCAAAGUCCGAGUAAUCCCAAGAACAAGAGCGCUCCUUCCAAGCCCCUACAAACUCGAAUCGGUCAAGGAAUUCGGCUACACAUUGAUCGUGGUGGAUGAAGAGAAAUCGAACGUUGAGGUCGACUGGUCGAUCCCCGCUCCAACCCCCAAAAUCGAACAAGUUGGAGCCGAACCAAAACUGAAACUGAGCUUCAACGUCCUCGAUACUCAUAAUGUCACAUCAGUUCGAGUGCAUUAUCGACCACUGUCUAAUCUAUACCAAGGAGAAAACAAAGAGUCGAAUGAAGUUAUCGAUGGAGAAGUAGAUACCAAUCAUUCCACGCUCGCCGACUUCACAACUAAUGUUAUGACUCUCACAGAGGACUUGAAGGUGGGAACAGUCUACCAAGUUUGCUCAGCUUAUGAACGAAAAGAUCUCGGACAAAGAGGACAAGGAGAAGAUCGAGCUCAAAAAGCCGGAAAGAACGAAAAAUUCAAUACGAAGGCAGACAAUAGUGAUAGCCAAGCUCAGAAGUCCGUCGACAAUGUCAAAUCCACCAAGAUCCCAAAGAUCGGCCUCUGGCAUUGUCAGAACGUCCCUCUACUAGACCAGAAGGGUCGUGUAAAACAACUCAAAGCGGACGACUCCUUCUCCCCAACGGCAAAGAGAGAGCCAACCCCGGUAGAUUGCGCCAAGUUCGGAUAUUGUCGAUGUGUUCAGUCGCGAGACGACCGAUCAUUGAUAUUGAUUCGAUGGCCUCGAAAUGCAGUGGGCGAUCACGCAGAUGUGGGAGGAUUUAUCCUAAACUACCGAUACGAUGGACCAGAAGAUCUGGAGGUCAAAAAGAGAAAAGCGUAAGAAAUUUGCGACUUCUAAAACUACAUUUUAUUAUUUUAGUCUGGGUUCCAUAAAAAUUUUGUAUUCCACAUGACAGCUGAUAAUCUAAAAACAGAAACACUACAAAAAUAGAACUUAUUGACUCUAAAAUAGCACCAGGAACGUCUCGAUAUAGUUUUUGAAAAGUUUUUGGGCGAUUUUCGAAGUUUUUAGCGUUGUUGCAGAAUGCCAAAAAAUUUUUGACAUCUAAAGUUUUCGCUUUGGGAAUUGUUAAAAUUAAUUGAAAUAGUAAAAACAAUCGACAGAGCUUACUGAUUUUCUCAUUUCAGCAACCUCUUCACGGAAGGCAAUGAGACAGUCAGCUACAUUCAAGACCUUUUCCCCGGCUUCACCUACAAAAUCUGGAUCAACGUUUUCAACUCCGAACUCCAGGAAUACCAAGGCUCCGAGUUCUCCUGCAAGACCCCAGAGAAUCUUCCAUUGCCUCCUCCGGUGGAGAUCAACACCACUCAACUGAGCGACCGAGUUCUUCAAGUCUCCUGGAAGCCUCCAAUUCCGACCGUUCUCCUGUCCAAAGUCCCUUAUUUCGACGGCUACAAUGUGCAUUGGAAGAAGGUGGGACAACGAGAAGGUGCGGGGUACUUUGUGGAAGGUCAUGAUGUCAACAACCACAUUCUGACCACUCAGGAGAAGGACGAAUAUGCCGUUUAUAUUACCAGUCAUUCGUCGCUGAAAGGAGAAUCUCCGCUAAAGUCGGAGGUGGUCAGCGCGAUUGUUCAUCCAAAGUCGGACAAAAACCACAACGUGCCGCAGAUUGAUGUCCAGAAGACGGAGUGGUUCGACGGGAUCAAGGUGAAGGAGUAUCGGGAAGAGGAUCAUCGGCCCAAGUUUUAUCAAAGCGCUCACUUCCGCGAGUGGGUUCUCAUCAUUCUGGUUGUUUUGCUGACCAUUGCCAUAAUCGGCACAGUCGCGAUGAUUGUCUACGUGCAGUGUGGGGAUCGUAUCUUCGACAAGGACGACGAUGACUCGUUUAGUGGAAUCUCGAGUGGACGCCGAACUUCUUGCGGCUCAAGGAUGUCGGCAGCCAGUUCAAGUCUGUCGUUGAAAUCCAAUGGAUCCGUCAACUUUCCGAUGAGCUCAGGCGGAAUUAUGAGGCCGUUGUAUGAGCGAGAACAUCUGAUCGGAUUCAAUGAAACGCACGAACCGCCUCAACUCGGACUAAAUAACAUUAUUCUUGACUCGAAAGGUGGUCCAAUGGGGUUCAGAGAGAAACGUCAGAAGAAGGUGCAGAAGAUCAUGGCGGACCCGAAUUUUGCCAAGAAAUUGGAUGAUUUGAACGGAGAUCCAACUGGAAUGGGAAAGUCCUUCGAGGAGGUUCUUGAGGAUCUAGCCAAUGAACAGAGGAACCAAGACCCCGUCCGGUAUAUUGGAGUGGAACGGCGAUUCUCCCGGCAAUCCCCUCCUCAUAGUCCUGAUGGAUCGUUGAGCACCCAGUCCAAUCCUCAAUAUUAUCGGCCAUACGAGGCCAAUUUCCCAUUGGAUUUGCGAAGACAACAACAAACUCAAAGCCUUCCCAAUCAAUCGAAUUCCACGCUGAAUGAGGACAGAUCGUAUCCACACCGAUAUGCGCACUCUACAGUCAACAUCGGACAAGAUACACCGCAUCCAACUGUGAUAUCGGAUUCUGUUCCCUCGACGAAUACGAUCAAAGUGCAGGCUGAAGUUCACGACCCCAAUCAGACGCCGGACGCCAACUUCUCGAUGACCAAGUCCAAUUCGUUGGUCGGCUUUCCCGAGCCCAAUCUGGCCGAACUUUCGCAGGAAAUGUCCACAUCUGACGGCAAUCUUUGUGAGCCCAUAACCUCUAGUCAGUUGUUCAAACGACCGGCGCUGAGUUUCGAGUCGUUUCCGGAAGAUGCGGAGAAUUUGAAAAUCCCAUUAAUCCGCAAAGAUCAGGAUAUUCAGCCGGCCGAGCGACGACGGUUGAAGACUGGACUCGAACCAGAGCCCCCGGCCAACAAUACCGCUCAUACUACGUCAAUGCCGAAUUUGGCGGACUCUGGAAUCGUCUACGAUGACUGUGGAAACCAUAUUGGACUUGCACUGCCAUUGCAUACGAUCAAUUCGGAGAAAAUCUUGAGAAACAUCGAUUUUGAGGAGGGAAAGUGAGUAAAAAUUUAGUUUUUGAGGAUUUCGUGGUAGAAAAAGGGGGAUAGUUUUGGUAAAGUACGUUCGUAGAAGGUCCUCUUUGAAUAUAAUUUUUCAAAAUUUCCCUAUUUCAGCCGCUUCGACAAGACCCAGCUGAGCGAUAAUUACACCGAUACCAGCUCCUCGGCCGCUUCUUCACGCGGCUCCGAUCACGCCGAUAACCUUGGGCCGAUGAUAAUCCUCUCUCCGUCCGACGCCUUCCACGCCCUCGGCUCUCGCCGACUCUUCGAGAAGAACAACAGCCCCGAAUAUGAUGAGAAUGCCAUCGAAAUGAGGGAAUUCAAGAUCGAUAACAUCGAAGCGAUCUGA